AUGCAGCGUAUACGCAAGGAGUUUAUGAUAAAUCCAGAGUUUGAUCCUGCUAAAGUUGCACGAGCUAGCUCGGCUGCUGAAGGGUUGUGUCGAUGGAUAAUGGCAAUGGAGCAGUAUGAUAGAGUAGCCAAGAUUGUGGCACCAAAAAAAGCCAAGCUUCUUGAAGCAGAGGCCGAGCUGGCAGAAAAUAUGGCUGUAUUGAAAAAGACGCAAGCUAACCUAACGGAACUUGAAGAAAAGCUGGCUGUAUUGCAGGCUAAACUGCAAGCUACUCAGGAUGAGAAGCAUCGCCUAGAGAAUGAAGUGCAAUUGUGCGCUGUAAAAUUAGAUCGAGCCAAAAAGUUAAUAGGCGGGCUUGGUGGUGAAAAAGACAGAUGGAGUCAAGCUUCUAUUACAUUGGAGGACAUUUACAAUAAUCUUACAGGAGAUGUCUUAAUAUCUGCCGGGGUUAUUGCUUACCUCGGACCUUUCACCUCAAUUUACCGAGAUGAAUGUACUGAAGACUGGAUUCGUCUAUGCAAAAAUUAUAACAUUGCCUCUUCUGAACAGUUUAGUCUAACGGUAUGUUUAGGAGAUCCUGUAAAGAUACAGGCAUGGAAUAUCAACGGACUUCCAAGAGAUGCAUUUUCGAUCGACAAUAGUGUUAUAGUUGCCAAUUCACGAAGAUGGCCUCUUAUGAUAGAUCCUCAGGGACAAGCAAACAAAUGGAUCAAAAACAUGGAAAAAGAGAAUGCCAUCGUUGUUUUAAAAUUGACGGAUUCUGAUUUUAUUCGAAACCUGGAGAAUGGAAUACAGUUUGGGACGCCCAUUUUAUUAGAAAACGUCUCGGAGGAGCUCGAUCCCAGUAUGGAACCGCUUUUGCUUAAACAAACCUUUAAGCAAGGUGGUGUAGAAAUGAUUCGGUUAGGAGAAAAUGUUAUUGAAUAUUCUAGAGAUUUUCGUUUGUAUAUAACCACAAAAUUGCGAAAUCCGCAUUAUCUACCAGAGAUUGCAGUCAAGGUUUCUCUGCUAAAUUUUAUGAUCACUCUCGAAGGACUCGAAGAUCAAUUACUUGGAAUAGUAGUUGCUAAAGAAAAGUACGCAUUUCGAUCUUUUGAUCUAACAGAAUUUUUUUUCUAA